AUGGCUCAUUCCACCCAAGCUAAGAAGUCUUUCACUGCAGCGGAUACUGUAGUGCUACGGAAAAAGAUGAGGGACUGGCAGCGCUUACUUCCUGGGCUGGAACUGGCCCAUAACACCACCAGUCACUCAUCCACUGAGCUCUCACUUUUUGAGUCCAUGCUAGUGCCUGUUCGUUCAGUCACGUCGCCGGGUUUGCCAGCAGUCUCUCAGGUUGCGAGCGGCUGGAAGGGCGUGCUGGUGGAGGGCGCAGAUGUACCCUCCAAGACCGAAGUGUAUGUGCCAGGAAGCGAUGACAUAGUGCACCUGUCAGCGCUCGCAACGGCAUUUGCACCCUCUACGGUAAGAGGAGUGGAAACAGUGUCCCAAGGAGAAAUGAGGGAAGGGGCCCCUACCCCGCGCACAAACGCUGCGGGAAACGGGAGCGAAAAUCAUGCACUCCGUCGUGAUGGUCUCACAGAGAGAGCGGCUUCGGGGGAUUCUGAACGCUAA